UACAAUAGUUUGAGAACCACUGGUAUAAACAUUGGUUGGAUUUGAACCAGGACCUAGAGGCAAAAGGCUCUAUAUCCUAUCACUAAUCAUCUGAACCAGCCACCUUCACUUUAUAAUUCUUGACACUCAAUGGUGCCAAAGUGAAGAUUGUUCCACAAACUGAGUGAAAACAUCACACUUUUCUCUCUUCAACUAGUCAGGACCAGCAAAGAGGGUGAGAAAUGUGGUGGUAUCACAAGGAAUGGGCUUGUUCUCUGUGUUCCAUGCAAUAGGAUACAGGGAUUUUAUUCUUUGAUUAAACUUAAAAAAACAACAUUCAUCUUGGGCAGAUCUCUGGAAUGUCACAUUUCAUUCAUAAUUUUUUACAGCCAGAGUAUCAGUUCUUGGAAAAACACAUAGCUGUCAAUUGAACUAGAGAGCCAGGCCAGGCCACUCCUUUAUAUAAUUUAACUCAUCUCCUUACUCUACAUAAGCAGAAAGCUGUAGAUAGAAUUCUCCAUGAGCAGUGGAAUAUGCUGACAUUUCAGUGGAGAGCAGGGUUUAAGGUUCGGGAAAAAAUAGUUUUAUCCUAGGAACUAAUUUUUUUUCCCCCAGGAAACAUCUCAUUGUGGCUAAUAAUGGGAAUGUGCCACAGGUACUGUGGGGUUUGUGGUGAAUUGUGUCUGUCUAUAUGCAGGAGUCCUUCUUGCCCAACUUUAUUAAAUACAUGUGGGGCUGGUGCUAAAGCUCAAGACCUUCAUCUCCAGCUAUACACAGGCAUCUAACCAAUGAUCUUCUACGCAAAGAGCUCCGCAGGCUCAGAGAGCUGUGUUAUUCCCAGCAUCGUGACUUUUCCAUCAUGUCAGAACCUAUAACACUCAACGUUGGAGGAAAACUGUACACCACUUCCCUGUCUACUUUGACUAGUUUUCCAGACUCCAUGCUGGGCGCCAUGUUCAGUGGAAAGAUGCCAACCAAGAGGGAUAGCCAAGGCUACUGCUUCAUUGACCGAGAUGGCAAAGUGUUCCGCUACAUCUUGAACUUCUUGAGAACUUCCCACCUGGACCUCCCUGAGGACUUCCAGGAAAUGGGCUUGCUGCGACGGGAGGCAGAUUUUUAUCAGGUUCAGCCACUGAUUGAAGCGUUGCAAGAGAAGGAGGUGGAGCUCUCCAAAGCUGAGAAGAACGCCAUGCUCAACAUCACCUUGGAUCAGAGGACACAGACAGUUCACUUCACUGUUCGGGAAGCGCCCCAGAUCUACAGCCUGUCUUCCUCCAGCAUGGAAGUAUUUAGCGCCCACAUAUUCAGCACGUCAUCUCUGUUCUUGAAGCUCCUGGGUUCCAGACUUUACUAUUGCUUCAAUGGCAACCUGUCUUCAAUAUCCAGCUACCUGCAGGACCCCAACCACUUGACCUUGGAUUGGGUCGCGACUGUGGAAGGCCUGCCAGAAGAGGAGUACACUAGACAGAACUUAAAGAGACUUUGGGUGGUGCCAGCUAAUAAGCAAAUUAAUAGCUUCCAGGUAUUUGUGGAAGAGGUGCUAAAAAUAGCCAUGAGUGAUGGGUUUUGUGUGGAUUCCUCCCACCCCCAUGCCUCUGAUUUCAUGAAUAAUAAGAUUAUUCGACUAAUUCGGUACAAGUAGAAAUAGCCUGUUGUUAUGGUAUCAGGAAAUACAUAACCAAACAUAGUGUUUCAUUUUAAGACCCACUUCGAGACACUGUAACAAACAGUCUAAUACAAAACAAUGUGAUAAUCUGUACUAAGAAUCACUAACUGUGAGUUGAUUUUCCUAUACUGAAUUUACCAAUGUCCUUUCAGAAUAUGUCUAUAUUGUAGGUGGAUGGAAUGCUGUCUAUUGGCUUGAGCAGGGUCUAGGAAUUAAGGAGUCCUGGGCUCCAUUUCUGCCUCCGCCACUGACUCACUGUAUGAUUGUGGGCAGGUCACUUAACUUCUCUCUGACUCCGUUUUCCCAUCGGAAAACAGGGAUAGUAAUAUUUAACCUACUUCAAAAGAAUGCCGUGAGGCUUAAAUAAUGAGGUUUACAAAUCGCCUUGAGAUCAUCCAAUGCAGCGUUCUAGAGCUGCAGAGUUGUAGUAAGUGCAGUGGGUUUGAGUCUCCACCACGUUGCACAUUGUGUAGCCAAUUUUACCUGGCCAGAGUGGAUGUAGAAUGCUACCAAGUCAGCAGGAUAGAGGUUUCACACACACUUUACAGAAGUAUAAAUGACCAUGCAAGGAAGCGGAGAAUCUGGCUUAGAGUGUUCAAACUGAAGUCUUCUUUUCCCUGUAAUGAAUCCUCAAUCCUGUUCUUCUAUUGAAGUAGCCAUGUUUGCACUGGGCAGUUUGUAUCGCAAAUGACGAAGGAUGCCAUUGCAGACAGAAUAAUGCUGUCUAUGUGGGUUUUGUUUAAACAUGCUUUGAAUAUACAGGAGCGCCGCCAGCUUUCCUGCCGCCCUAGGUGGCGGAAGGUCCCGCCCCGA